AUGAUCUGUGCCGCGGUAGAAUGGGGCAUAAUUGGGGCCGAGCCUGGUCAAGCAGCCGGAGAGCAUGCUCUUUCCAAUGAUGAAUCAACAGGCGGUCAAGGUGUUGAGAUUCUACCGUGGGACAACGACAAUGGCAUGCUCCAUCCUCGGAAAGACUCGCCUUUGUUGCUCAAGAUUCGCAGCAGGACCCCAGACGAUUUGCGCCAAGGGUUCUAA